AUGGCACAGAUGCCAGGGCUUGCCCUCUGGGAUGUGAUACUCAAGGGACAUGUUCUCUCUGAUGCCCACAUAGGGUUGGGCCAGCUGACCUGGACUCAGCCGGCAGCCCUGUCCUCCAUCGCAGUCACCCCACCAUCCUGGCUGACCAAGACAAUGUUUCCCUUCAAGGUGAGCAAAUGGACGGAGCUUGCCUGCUUCCGCUCACUGGCGGUCUCCUCAUCCAACAUUCGCCAGAAGAAACUGAUCCACAAGCUGCAGGAAGAAAAGGUGUUCCGGGAAGAGAUGAGACACGUCCGUCAGAAGAUAGAAGAGAUGUGGAAUUUCCGUGGCAAGAUCUGCACUUUCAGGGGCCAGAUCUUGGGCAUUUGGGGAGAGAGACCUUUCUGGGAAGAGGAGAGAACCUUCUGGAAAGAGGAAAAAGCCUUCUGGGAAAUGGAAGAAUCUUUCUGGGAAGAAGAGAAAGCCUUUUGGAAAAAGUACCGAAUCCUCUGGAAGGAAGAUAAGGCCUUCUGGAAGGAGGACAGUGCCUUGUGGGAAAGAGACCAGAACCUCCUUCAGGAGGACAAGGCCCUGUGGGGGGAAGAAAAGGCCCUCCGGGAGGAGGAGAAGGCCCUCUGGUGGAAGGGGUCGCUCAGGCUGUGGAGGAGCACAGGCUGGCAGGGGGGCACCGCAACGGCAAUGGGGGGCCCCGGUCGGCAGCCUCCUGCUGCGGCAGGAUGUGAGCGCAGGAGACGAAGGGCUGGGGGGUCCACACUGCUGGACUGGGACUCGAGGCCGGGGUGA